AUCGUCGAUUCCUGCGCUUUCCGCGCGCCUUGUCACAAUCGCAUUUCUGCACGUGUUACGGAUAUUUACAUCUAGUCUAGGACAUUCUUUUUGUGUGAAUUAAAGAGAGUUACGGACACCAAUAUAGCUGGAAAUCAAUAAGGUAGACUAAAGCAACGCAAUAUCUUGUAACUGGGAGAAUAAUUCUCGAGAUAUUCGCGGACUGCGUGUGAGUUUUGACGAGAUAUAGUUCAGAAUUCUUAGCUUCCGAAGUCGUACGUCUUCACUCAGCGCGGCACCUAGUCCCUGGCAACGACGUGCCGGGCUAAGUGGGUGAUCAUUCUUGGGAUCCUGCCAACUUCAAGGAAAAACCAACUCUUCAAAAAUAUCUCCGGAUGGAUUGCAACAGCUGACUGACUGAGGGUACUGCUUCCAACUUUCACUGAUUUAUCAGAAUUUCAAAAUCGUACUAUCUCUGGUGCUGGCGAGUUUUUACUUUCAUCUUAUUAUAGCAUAGAGCAAUUAAGGAACAGUUCCCUGCUCAUAGUGCCAUUCGUUCGGCAUAUUGUUCGAAUUUGGGCGAGAAAUAAUCAGUUCGCACUCGGGCCAAAGCGUUGAAAUCCACGUCAGUAAUUUGAAAAGUUGCCCGUUGACUAUAAUCAGUUUAAAAAAAUUUGAAAAAAAACACACCAAACAACGGUACGUUGUUCUCACGAUCAGUGACUUUAAUUGGUGGCCAGGAUUGACGAGCGUACAUGUUGCAUCCGAACAGGCCAAUUCUACCGCAAAACAAGGAAAGUUUUAUAACUAGCCUGCUACAGUUACUAGAGGAAUUAGGAACAGUCAGAAACAAUUUUUCGCUCAGAAACUACGCUCGCCACUUAUUUACAAUGACGAUGGUGUCUACGGUGAACAAACUUCGGCUGCCUGUGUUGACCGUCGUGCUGAGCGUCUGCCUCGUAGCACGGCCCGCCAACUCGCAGACCUCGACCGCCGCUCCUGGUACAAUUACAACGCUUGCUGCUGGUGGAGAUGCUACCGGUCCGACUGAUGCAGUGACCCCUGGGACUGGUGGAGGUGGUACGGGGACUGGGAUGACUGACAUCGUAACUGAUGCUCCAGCUACACCCGAUCCGGCCCUGCUCCCGAACAACAUAACUACCAUCAGUAGUAGUAACAACACCGAACCCGCCGCUGAGGGCGGGCUCACCGAAACCCAGAAAAUCAUCGUCAUCGCCGUCUGCGCAGGCGCGGGAGGACUCCUGCUGAUCGUGGUCGUCGCUAGCCUGGCCUAUGUCAAGGUCCGGAACAACAAGCGCCGGAGGGUGAGGGUCACUACCACAGGGCCCCAAGCCCAGGCUACUGGCAACACCAACGAGAGCGACCGGCAGGUCUUGGACGCUUAAUGAUGCAUAGGCCUACAGCUGGCUCGUUUUUAGAAAACUCGUCCUCGUCUGCGGUGCGGCUAUAGGUUUCCUAAGCUGAAGCCGCGGCUUACAAAUGUAGGUUUCCUAAGCCGCCUUGUUUCGUUUGAUUGUUGUUGCUUUUCGUUUUACGGCAAAAUUCUUGCCUUCAGAUUCGCGGCAGCCCUGAAUUUUGAGUGUUGGUAUGUAUAGUAGGGAUCUAAGCAGUGUUUUUAAAGUAGAGAUUUUGCCGUGCUGUUAAUUCUGGGUUUUUAUACGCAAAAUAUCGGAUAUGAA